CGCUGCCCUGGGGACAGAACCGCCGGUUCCCGGGAGGAAAGGGGCGAUCGGGGCAGCGCCUCAACUUAUCCCGGAGCCAUCAACGCCCCCCAGCCCAUCCCCCGUCGCCACCGCUAAGUGGGUGGAGGCGGGAUGGUGCCCUCCGCUGCCAGCGAGUCCCCCCACCAGCUGUUGGGCCGGCUGCGCUUCCUGAACGAGGCGAUCGGGUGCUUGAGCCGGGCGGAGCCGCUGCCCGCCGCCCUGUGCUACGUGCCUCGCGAAGUGCAGUAUAAGAUCUGCAAGGACCCCAGCGCCCCGGCGCUUGCCUCAGCCUCAGGCCGGAGCCUGCUGUCGGUCUGGGACAAUCCGGGCAAGGCCGGCGGCGGCGGCGGCUCGAGCUCCGGUGGCGGCAGGAAGUGCCCGGGGAAGGGCACAAUCGAACUGCGCAAGGGGUCGUGCAUUCGGGCCAGCGGCGAGGAGUAUUGCAAUGGGCACGGCCUCUGGGUGAAGCUCACCCGGGAACAGCUGGAGGAAUACAAGACUGGCUGUGAUCUGGAGGAAGGCUGGGUACUUAUGUGUAAGCAUGCCGAUGGUGGAGACAGACUGGUGCCAGUGGAAUCUAUGGAGAGAAUCCAGAGGCAGCAGCAACUCUUUGGGGUGGACUAUAAGCCUGUGAUCAGAUGGGAGCAGGUAGUGGAUUUAACAUAUUCCCUACGUCUUGGAGCAAAGCCAAAAAUCAUGGAACCAGAUGUGGCUGCAGUAGAGAGACUCCGGUUUGUGCCUCCCACGUGGAGUUAUGAGUGUGAUGAAGAUCUGGUGCAUUUCCUCUAUGAUCACAUUGGCAAGGAGGACGAGAAUCUGGGCAGCAUCAAGCAAUAUGUGGAUAGCAUUGAUGUCUCUUCCUACACGGAAGAGUUCAAUGUUUCAUGCCUGACCGACAACCAUGCAGACACGUACUGGGAGAGUGAUGGGUCCCAGGGCCAGCACUGGGUCCGCCUCAACAUGAAGAAAGGAACCAUCAUCAAAAAACUGUUCCUGACAGUAGACACAACAGAUGAGAAUUUCAUGCCCAAGCGUGUGGCUGUCUAUGGUGGUGAGGGUGACAAUCUGAAGAAGCUGAGUGACGUGGGCAUUGAUGAGAGCUACAUCGGGGAUGUGUGUGUGCUGGAAGACAUGACUGCUCACUUGCCUGUCAUUGAAAUCCGCAUUGUGGAAUGCAGAGAUGAUGGGAUUGAUGUCCGCCUCCGAGGCAUAAAGAUCAAAUCAUCUCGGCAACGUGAACUAGGGCUCAAUGCAGAUAUGUUUCAGCCAGCCAACCUGGUGAGGUAUCCUCGCCUGGAGGGAACAGAUCCUGAUGUGCUCUACCGGCGUGCUGUGGUCAUCCAGAGGUUUAUCAAGAUCUUGGACAGUGUACUUCACCACCUUGUUCCAGCCUGGGACCAUACACUUGGCACCUUCAGCCAGCUCAAGCGUAUUAAGCAGUUCCUGUUGUUGUCCAAGAGACGCACAGCAUUAAUCACCCAGUGCCUCAAGGACUCUGAGACUAGCAAACCAAACUUCAUGCCACGCCUCUACAUCAAUCGGCGCCUGGCCAUGGAGCAUCGUGACAAUCCAGCACUUGAUCCCAGCUGCAAAAACACUGUCUUCACCCAGGUGUAUGAAGGCCUGAAACCCACUGACAAGUGUGAGAAGCCCCUGGAUUACAGGUGGCCUCUUCGUUAUGACCAGUGGUGGGAGUGUAAAUUCAUAGCCGAAGGCAUCAUUGACCAGGGUGGUGGUUUCCGGGACAGUAUUGCUGAUAUGUCUGAGGAGCUCUGUCCUAGCUCAGCUGAGAGCCCUGUACCACUGCCUUUUUUUGUCCGCACAUCCAACCAGGGAAGCGGUACUGGAGAGGCCCGAGACAUGUAUGUCCCCAACCCCUCCUGCAAGGAGUUCACUAAAUAUGAGUGGAUUGGGCAGAUCAUGGGUGCAGCCCUGCGUGGCAAGGAGUUCUUGGUCCUGGCCCUGCCUGGCUUUGUCUGGAAGCAGCUGACAGGGGAGGAAGUGAGCUGGAGCAAGGAUUUCCCUGCUGUUGACUCUGUGCUGGUGAAGCUUCUGGAGAUGAUGGAAGGAAUGGACAAAGAGACAUUUGAGUUCAAGUUUGGAAAUGAACUGACCUACACCACAGUACUGAGUGACCAGCGCAUGGUGGAGCUUAUCCCUGGUGGCACUCGCACCGCAGUACACUAUGAGGACCGUCUGGACUUCAUCCGACUGGUACAGGAAGCACGGCUAACAGAGAGCAAGGAGCAGAUUGCAGCCAUGCAGGCUGGUCUGCUCAGAGUUGUACCUCAAGCUGUGUUGGACCUGCUCACCUGGCAGGAACUGGAGAAGAAGAUCUGUGGUGACCCUGAAGUGACAGUUGAGGCCCUGAAGAAACUCACUCGUUUUGAGGAUUUUGAACCAUCAGACACCAGAAUUCAGUAUUUCUGGGAGGCAUUAAACAACUUUACUAAUGAGGAUCGCAGUCGCUUCCUGAGGUUUGUUACUGGCAGGAGUCGACUUCCUGCUCGGAUUUAUAUCUAUCCUGACAAAUUAGGCUCUGAGACUACGGAUGCCCUUCCAGAAUCAUCCACCUGCUCCAGCACACUCUUUUUGCCCAACUAUGCCUCUGCCAAGGUUUGUGAAGAAAAGUUGCGUUAUGCAGCAUAUAACUGUGUGGCCAUUGACACAGAUAUGAGUCCAUGGGAAGAAUGAUGCUACAUGGGACAUCUAGCCAAGCAGCUCUUCUGCCUUAUGUAGUUGCUACUGGAAUGACCUUCUUACUGUUCUUCAGCAUGUGUACAUGGAGGGGGGGGGUAUGCACACACACACACAUGCCAUUUGCAAAGGCUGCCUUGUGUUGACAACCAGACUCGAGUGCAAAAUUGAUGGAUGGGACCUUGGAUUUUAGAGGAGUAAGGCCAAAAAAUAUAAUGGGAAUAAUAAUGUGGCGUUCUUCCCAUGUCUGACCAAGUUGAGAGACACUGGACAAUGAAGAGACAGUGUGGCUCCAGUAAUACUAUCUUGUUUAUUUCAGAAAGACACCCCCCCCCCAAAUUAUCUGACAGGAAAAUAUUUUAAACAUACUUUAUAGUUACUUUGGGGGUGACAUAUUUUGAGACAUUUUUAUUGUUUUGCUUACACCUAGUUACGUUUUCACUUCCAUUCUCAUAGGAUGGAACCAGAUAUGAAAGAUCCAUGAUCAGAUCCCCUGAUGCUUUCUUUAACAUUAAAAACUGCUAUGAGACCCUGAGUUUGAAUAAGGGCCACAGCACUGAGAGGUGAGGGGUUUUUCCUUGAUAAUGCUGUGGGAGGCUGAUUUCCCCCAAAGAAAUAAUAGAGAGGAGGGGAGAAACGUGUGAUUUAAUUCAAAGUGGAGCGCCCCCCCUGACUGCUUUUGAAAGUAAAUAUUGGGAGCUUGGAGCACAGGACUCCUGAAUAAUAAUUUGAUUCUUAGUGUUUAAACUCAAACUAACAUGUUAGGAUCACACACUAUUGAUAAUUUCUGAGAGCAGCGUUUAGGGUCUCCUUCAUAACAAAGGCAACAAUUCCAUGUCCCUGCCUAUCCCUGUGUGCGGUUACAGAACAAAGUUUUCAAAACUUCUCUUGCUUGCUUGCUUCCCAUUGUAUCAAAACCUUAAGUGAAUAUGUUGUUUGCUUGAGCUGUUCUGUUUGAAUGUCAUGUUGCAGAGAUCCCCUCUCACUACUAGUGGGCAUUAUGGAACCAUAAUUAAAAGAAAUAAUCUCCAUUGUUU